GCGGUCGGAGCGGAGGCCGAAUUUGAUGAUGCCUGCGAACACUCGGUACUCGUAGGACAACGGGCCCCGAGAAAGCACCAGCUGUGGCGGGCUUGUCGAGGAGCCGGCGUCGGCGUCGGCGUCGACGCCGGUGGGUGGGUCUGGCGCGGCUGCGGCUCGCGGACGCCGCAAAGAUGGCGAAGAAAUGGGGCUCGGAGGCGGCGCGAAGAGCGAAAGUGUGCUGUGAGCUGGCGUGACAGACGUCGACUCGAGCACAGAUGGACUCAUCUCGGUCGGAGCGAGCAGGCGGAGGCCGACGUCUUGGCCCAAGUUGCUUACAUCGAUGUCGAUCUGGAGGAAAAGAAGCCGAGCCGGACCGGCGCAAAUGGGCAUGAAUUAGAAGCAAAAAGUAGAUGGAAUUAUUUAUGCAAAUCUGCGACCGAAAAGGAAUGGAGACCUCGAGAAAUUGCUCUCAGCAAAGAUGGCAAAAGUGCCCCAAAAACUCGUUUGGUGUCGACUCUCUGGAAUGUGAUUGGCAAUUAA